AUGCGGGUUACCUUGCCAGUUCCUCCUCGCGGACUGCCGGCGGUGAGCGUGCAGGCCGUUGCUGUUAGCAGGAGCCGCGGGUUCUGGCGCGGACGGAGUGCGGUGGGUGCAGCGGAAGCUUCGGUGACGGUAGAGGAGACGCUGGGAGGGGAGGACGCGGCGAAGAGGAAGAGCGGAUGGUGUAGAUGCUUCGACGACAUGGUGUGGCUCGAGUUCGGCGCCGACGAUCACAUCGUGCCCGCGGAUGCCGCCAACGCCCACGGGGACUGGUCGGCGGAGAUGGGGUGCGCGGAGGAAAGGGGCGCACGGCCGGAUGGGGAAGGAUUGGGGGCAAGCGGAGACAGGCGGUCGGUUCGCGAGAUGGAAACUGACGGGGCGCUCGGGGAGUGGAUGGCGGAGGCCGGGAGCGCACCCGGGCGGGACGUGGCGCAGAGGGGAGAGGAGGGCGCGCGGAAGGCGGGUAAAGGGGAAGCGGCGGACGAUUUUACGCUGCAGCAGUGCGCGGAGCGGGAGGGUGGAGCGGGGCGGAGUGGGACAGGCUAUGGAUAUGGCUACGGAAUGGGUUACGGGCAUGGGGAGUUUGGCGGUGGCAUAGGGGGGGGCGGCGGGGACGAGGGCGCGGUGAUGCGCAUGAUGGACGCGCACAUGCGCGCCAACAUGGGCAUGGAUGCGCGCGGGGGCGCUAGGGGCAUGAGCAUGGGCAUGGGCAUGGGCAUGGGAAUGGGGAUGGAGAUGCAGCAGAGCGAGGUGCGCGACGGAGUGGGGGACGCGCGCGUUGCGGAAGACGCGGACAUGGGGGAAGGGGGGGAGGAGGGGGCAGGGGAGAGGGAGAGGGCGUGCGAUGGAGGCGAGAGAGGGGCGAGUGGCGGCGGACGGGACGGCGAGGCGGAGGGGGCUGCGGCAGUGGAGGCGGGCGGCGCAGUGGGUUCGAGUGGCGGGGAGUCAGCGGCGGAACACAGCGGCCUCGCCGUCCGCCCACUCCCGUCAGUACCCCGCCCCAGUUCUUCUUCACUCCCCACCCUUCCUCCCAAACAACUCCCGUUGCUUCUUCUCCUGUUGCUCCCCUCCCCUGUUCGCCCCCACGUCAUCUGCUCUUCGCUUCAACGGCAUCGGCGCUCCCUUCCGGCUGUGGGGGGAGCAUGGAGGGGCGGGCGGGGGAUGGUGGAGAGGGGUGCGGAGGGCGCAAGAGGGACGAUGGCGGAGGGAGAGGGUGGCUUCAGAAACAACAGCACGGGGGAGAAUGGGGGAAGAGUGGGGGGCAGCGGGGAUGCACACGUGGGGGCGAGCGAGGGAGUGAGGGGGGAGGAGCGAGGCGCGGAGCAGGGUGGGGCGGAGUGUGCAAGGGAGAGCGCGGGCGCACACGAGGGGCGCGCAGGCGACAGGCGCGAGGGGGGCGAGGAUGAGGGGGAGGCAGGGGGGAAGGGGAAGGACGAACGAGCAGGAGGAGCAGCGGAGGCAGUGGCAGCGAUGGGUGGAGGCAUACGGAGUGGUGUGAGCGAUGUGCACUUGGCACGGCGGCGAGUGUUGGCGCGGCGGCGCAACGAGAGGGAGCAGCGUGCACCCGCAGCAAGAAAAACCGCCCACUCCGCUGCUGCUGCUGGCCCCGCCGCCCGCCCCGCCACCACCCACCCGCACCUGCACACUCACUCGCACUCGCAUUCGCACUCGCACUGUGCGCCCCUGGCGUCCUCCUCGCCCACGGUGGCCUCUGCACCGCCCCCUCUGCUGCGCCACUCCCUCAUCGCCUCUCCCUCCGUGCACCCUCCUUCCCCGUCCGUCUCCUCGCUCCACACCGCCCCUCUCCCGCGCUCUGUCCCCACGCCCUCCUCGCUCCCCGCCCUGCCCUUCUUCCCCGCGCCUGCGCCCUCACCCGCGUCCGCCCUGCCUGCUGCGUGCAUGCGCCCCCCCCACGUGCCGGCCGCGUUCCUCUCACCGCCACUGCCCGCCUCGCCUGCCCCCUUCGCCCUGCUCCGCCCCAAUGCGCCCCCUGCUGCCCUGCUGGCGCGCGGCCUGGGGCAGGGGCAGCACCCCCUCGCCAUGGGGCAGCAGCAGCAGCAGCAGCAACAGCAGCAGCAGCAGCAACAGCAGCAGCAGCAGGAGCAGCAGCAAGAGCAGCGGGUGCUGGGGCGGCAGAUGCUGCUGUACCAUCAGCAGCAGGUGCAGCAGGGGGUGAGCGAGGAGCAGCAGGCGCGGCAGCAUGAGAGUCUGGUGCAGAAGCAGUGGGUGGAGCAGCAAGAGCAAGCGAGGAGGCACGAGGUGGAGACAGCACGGCUUGGCAGUGCCGGCACGAGCAGCGGCAAUUACAUGAGCGCCAGUGGCGGCAUCAUGGCAGGUAGCAUGGCAGGUAGCAUGAUGGGCGGUGCAGCACACUUGCUUCCUGCCAGCCUUGCAGCCCGCCAGCCUGCAGUGUUGGUCCGCCCCCCUCCCCCGCCCCCACCCAAGUGGCCUGCUUCUGUGCCUGCCUCGCUCCUUCCACCGCCUUCCCACCUGCCUCGCGCCUCCUCCCUUCCUUCUAGCACCCAUGCUUCCACCUCUACUGCCCCUCUCUCCACAUGUCCCUCCCCUUCUGUUGCCUCCACCCGCCUCUCACCCCGCGCCCUGCAACCUCCGUCCCCUGCUGCCCCGCCUGCUGCUGCAACGCCGGCUCUAGCAGCAUCUGUCCUCACUGCGGCUGCGGCGGCUGCUGCUGCCAGUGCAGGCCCAGCAGCACCAGCAGCAGCAGCAGGAGGGGCAGCUGGGGCGUGCGCAAUGACGCCAGCGGAAAAGAUAGAGAAGCUGCGGCGGCGGCAGCAGAUGAAGGCGGCUCAGAUGAAGGCGGCUCAGAUGAAGGCAGCUCAGGUGCAGCUGGCGCUGGAGCAGAGGAAACUGGCGCGCCUGCACCACCUGCAUGCCGCCCACCACCUGCACCACCUGCACACCGCUCAGCACCUCUCCCACCUGCAGCAGCUGCAGUUGCAGCAGGAGAUGGAGGCGCAGCAGCAGCAGAUGGAGGCGCAGCAGCAAUUGCGCGCUCAGGCAGCAUGCACCUCGUGCACAGCUUCGGAGGUGUCGGUGGCACGGAACAGCUGUGGUGGGCAGCACUCCGCGGUGGACGCCCAUGCCGCUCCGGAGAGCAGAGGAGAGGCGGGCACGAACGCCGUGGACAGGGCCAUCGCCAAUCUGCUCUUCCACCGCCCCUCGCCCUCCCCUGCUGCCCCGCCUGCCACCACCCCUGCUGCCGCCACCCCUGCUGGCGCUGGGGUGCCCGCCAUGCCCCGCGCUGCUUCUGCUCCAGAGGGCGUGCACGGAGGUGCACGAGAGGCGGUGCUGGGAGGGGGGGGGAAUUGGGACGGGCUGUGUGCAGCUCCUGCUGCCACUGCCGCCCCGCCCUGUGCUGCCAUGUCCACGCCACACUCUCACAGCGCCUUCUCACCCCGCCCUUCCCCCAUGCACAUCUCGUCGCUCCCCUCCCCCCCAGCCCCCUCGCCUGCCCCCCAAAGACACUCUCUCUGCUCGCCCAUCGCCACUACCUCCUCCUCUGCUCCCGCCCUCUCCCUCUCCCACUCCUGCGCCUCCCCCAUCCCCACCACGCCCACCACCCCCACCACCACCACUACUACCACCACCACCAGGGAUACCACCACCACCCUUCGUCCCCUCCCUGCUGGCUCCUCAUCCCUCUCUUCCCAGCAGCAGCAGCUGCAGAAGAAGCACCACCAACAACAACAGCAGCAGCUUGCCACGCUGAUGUGGCAGCCCCGUGGUUUGCCACCUGGCACACGCUGGUUACCAAGCCUAGCGAGGGCUGCUCCGGACGUCCUUAUGGGAGGCUCAGAGGCAGGUUUGGCCGAGGCUGGGGGGAAGCUGGGCAAGGGUGAGGGUGGUGGCAUGCAGGGCGGAGGAGCAGGGCGGCAGGUUGCAGGAGGGGAGAUGGGGGUGGCAGGAGAUAUUCCAGGUGGCGCCUGGCGGUGUCUCUCAGGUGCUGCUUCAGGUGUGUCUGAGGCAUCGCUGCCAUCCAGGCUUCCGGCGCUGCCUCCCACUCUCUCAGCGUCAUCAGGGCGGCCAGGUGGCGUGCUGCCAUUGGUCCAUGGCGCGGGGGACGGCAGCAGUGGCGGCAGCAGCAGGGAGGCGCAGCAGGCAUUCAGUGAGAUGCUGUGCCGGCAGCAGCAGCAGCAGCAGCAGCCGGCCUUCCAGGGCGCGCACACGGGAGCAGGCCAGCACGCUGCCAUGCACGCGGUGCUGGGAGGAGGUGCCACCAUGGGCAUGGCCCAACAGCAUAGCCUAAUGUGCUCAGCUGCUGCUGAGGUAAUACAUAUGGGUGCUUUGCUUUGCACCCUGCUACACUAG